AUGUCUCGAGUGUGGGAUCCUAGUCGGGCUGCUUGGCUGUAUCCGCUACGGGGCAUCUUCUACUUUGCGUCCAACCGGUUCCUCUGGCCCCUCUUCAAGGCCCGCCUCCUUCCUAUCGUCCUGUUGUCGACAUUCAUUUACUUCAUCCUCUUCUUCUUCACCUAUUUGCCCCAGGUUGCCUUCUUGGCGGUCUUCCAGGGAUCUUCGGCAUGGGUGAGUGGUGCAUUUCUGGUCCUUGGUGAAGGCGCCGCAAUUGUCGCCGCCCUCUUUGAAGCUUUCUUCGUGGAUGAAACCCUGGUGGAUAUCUUCGAUGCCGUGCUCGUCAACGAGGGGCAGGAAGAGCUCGUCACGACAUCCCGAGUCAUCUACCCGGAGCCUGGUGACCCGGCGAAGCGUCUCGGCACGCCGACCACCAGCGCCAUUUAUUCUCCCUUUUCGCUCCGACAGAUCGCCGAGUUCAUUAUCCUGCUGCCGCUCAUCUUUAUCCCCGUAGCUGGUACACCCAUGUUUCUGGUCUUGACCGGGUAUCGAGCGGGACCGUUCCAUCACUGGCGAUACUUCCACCUGCUGGACAUGUCCAAGCAACAGCGGAAGGAAAGCAUCAGUCGCCGCCAGUUACAAUAUACCACGUUCGGCACGGUUGCUCUGAUCCUCCAAUUGAUCCCGCCAUUCUCCAUGCUGUUUCUGAUGACCACGGCAGCUGGAUCAGCACUUUGGGUGACCGAUCUCGAACGCAAGCGUCGUGCGGCGACUCAACAGUCCAACCGAUUGGGCGACCAGUACCGGGACGAUAUAAUGCCAUGA